CUCUACCUUCUUUUCCGCAAUGCCUUCCGCUCUUAUAGUGUAACGUAGCGGCAAACGAACUCCUCUCAUUACAAAGCAUUCCUUUGGAUCGUCGCCCGUGGCCCGUCGUGAACCGCCGCCCAUCACGCACGAUCAGGCACGCCCGUGUUGUUGUGACCUCGACAUGGAUGCAAGACCCACCAGGCCCACCAUUGGUGACCUGAAGACACUCGAGAAUGAUCUCCUCGAAAACCGUGCAGGCUUGCCCGCCGUGCAGCGAAUGGCAUAGAUCAAUCUACUCAAGUAUCGCCAGGUGGCGGUCGUGAAGCAUUUUGAGCACAAGGUGGACCUCUUGUUUUCCGAGCUCCAAGGAGGAGGCGAUUCGGCGUUGCUACUAAACAUCCCUUCCACGGAGCCGCCGGAAGGUGUCGUGCAGCCACGCCCCUCGGGAUCAUCAAAGGAAUACCAGGAGGACGCCGCAAGCGCGAAGCGCGUGCUAGAUCCCAUUCUGGAGCUUUUGGCGGAGACUACCGGUGGGUGUGAGGCUGAGGCGGUUGAGGUCAAAGCGCUGGACGGUGUGGAGCGCAAGGCCGACACGUUCUUUGGCGGAGACUUGCGCAAGGUCACCGACAUGGCAAGAGCUUCCCUGAUCUGCGACACCCCGACAGCUUUAGCAGACGCGUUUCAUCGUCUUGAACAGGAGCUACGUGUCGUUAAGGUCCGCAACGGCUUUGCGCGAGACUACAUGCCCGGUGGCUACCGAGACGUGAACGUGAACGUUGUGGUGGAGGGACACGUGUGCGAGGUCCAGCUCCACCUUCGGCCUUUCCACAUGCUGAAGGCGGAUCAUCACGAGGUGUACAAGUGGGCCUGAGUGCUCAACGUCACGGUCGAGAUGCGUCCAGACGACCUCUUCAAGAACCUGUCGCCUGACGUUACGGAGGCGAUGAUCGACUUGGCCAACGGCGGCUGGUUGGGACUCCGGUUCGUCACUCACCAGUUGCUGGUUCGGGCCGGACGACACGAUGAAGGCCGAGAAGUGCUCGAGAAGGCGCUGGCUGGUGCUAAGGAUCGGGCGAGCCAGCUUUCGGAAGGUAGCCAGGAGUGGAGGGAUGGAUGGUGGCUAGUCCGCAGCUAUUUAGUCGAUCUGGCAUCACUCGUGCGCGACCAGGAUGCGUUCGAGGAAACUGAUUCGCUGCUCGUUCAGUCCCGCGAUAUCCUGAGCAAACUGCGUGGUUCUGAUCCCAAUCACCCGGAAAAGGCGGAGGAGCUCAACCAGUGGGGGUCGCUGCUGGAAGCGAAGGGCGACUAUUCUGGAGCCGAAACGCUCUACAGGCAAGCCUUGGCCAUACGGACAAUGAUGUUUACGCCUGAUCAUCCGGCGGUGGCGAGAGUGAGCAACAACUUGGCGAACGCAUUGUGCUCUCAGAGAAAAUUCCCGGAGGCCGAGUCGCUGUACAAAAGCUCCUUGGCAACACGCAAGAAGAUCCUGGGCCCUGAACACGAGGCCGUGGCCAUCGCGCUCAACAACUACGCUAGAAUGCUGAUGGGUGUGAAGCGAUACGACGAAGCAUUAGAGCUGCUCGAUGAUUCCAUCGCCAGCCGGUUAAACACGAAAGGUGACGAACACCCCGCCAUGGUCAACGUGCUCACCACCAAAUCCGAAAUUUUUCGACUGCAGAAGAGGGACGACGACGCUCUCCCGUGGGCUAUGCGUGCUCUGGAACUCGCAAAGAAGACGGUGCCAGACUCCAAGCUCACAGCGGUAACGCACAAUAACGUCGCGCUGGUAUUUCGAGCGAAGGAACAAUCGGAGGCGGCCGAGCACUACCGCGUGGCAAUCACUAUCGGCGAGAAGUCCCCGGAGCUACGAGAACACCCGGAUCUGGCAGUGUGGUACUUCAACCUGGCGCGUAUGUUGGGUAUGCAGGCCAAUUACCGGGAUGCGCAGCCCUUUUACGAGAAUGCUCUGGCUAUCCAAGAGAGGUCUCUUGGGCGUGACCACCCCGGUACGAUCAGGACGCGAGGCUGGACGGCGGACACUUACGAGAAGCUGCGACUGCUAGACAAGGCAGAACCCCUGUGGCGUGAAGUAUUCGAGUCAAAGCAGCGCGUGUGUGGAGAGCAUCACAAGGACGUGGCUUGGGCGCUCAAGUGUUGGGCGAACGUGUUGGUAAAGCAGAGGUAG